GAAUUUCAGAUAAUGCCAAAAAGUGAAAAAGAGCACAGAUUUCACGGCAAUUUUAUUUCGGUAGAAGAUUUAAACAAAAUAUUUAAACAAAAUAAGUAAAUAUUAUGGCAAAACUAACGCAAAAAUAACAGUUACUAUGUUAAUUUAAAUGAAAUCAAAAAUAUUUAUAAAGAAAUGUUAUGGUAUUAAAAAAAGCCACAGCAAAAAAGUUUUUUGUCUAGCAGAUACGUAAAAAAAAACUUAAAAUACAGAGAACAUAAAAUAUAUAAAAAAAAAAUACGACACAAGUGAAGGCUACUACAAAAGCUAAGGCAGUGGUUAGAGGAGAAAACCAUAUAAGCAGCACCACACACAUGCACACUUGAGCUGGGACUGGUGUUGCUGGUGCCUGUUAAUGUUUACAAUUUUAAUAAAUCGCUUAACAAUUGUUGAUUAAAGCAGAAAAACAAUAAGAAAAAAUAUAAAGGGAAAACUACCUUUAACAGUUAAAAUUAUUGAGUUGUUUUCUUUAUAACAACAACUGACUGACCCCUCCCCUCUAGGCAGGGGGCGCAGCAAGCAUUACAGGGAGAUCAUGAUGAACAAUUAUGGCAAUAUGAUGAUGGGCGAACAAUUUCGCAAAAUGGAAUCAAAUUAUUCACCAAAAUCAUCACCGCAUGGUGGCCGUUCACCCGUGGUCUCCAGACAAGACUCAUCGGGCACACUGAAGGCCACAAUAUCAUUGGGCAAAACGCCCACCAUUAUACAGACGGGACCAUUCUACUCAAUGAAAGAACCACCUGGGAAGGGUGAACUGACAGGUGAUAAAGAUCUCAUGACUGAGUACGGGCUGCAUCAUACGCUGACCAAGUUUAAGGAUAAAAAAGUCAAAGAAUCACUAGCCUCAUUUCUGCCCAAUCUACCAGGAAUCUACGAUGGAAUGAAUAAUUUGGAAAAUAGUACAUUACGUAGUGUUAUUGAUAAACCACCCAUAGUUGGCAAAGAAUUGUUGCCUUUAUCUUCAGUACAAUUAGCUGGUUUCAGAUUACAUCCCGGACCGUUACCGGAGCAAUAUAGAGCCUUAAAUACAACACCCGCACGCAAACAUAAAAAUAAACAUAAAAAACAUAAACACAAAGAUGGACAACAGCCACUAGAAACAAAUUUAAUGGAUUCUUCCGGCUUGGAGACCUACGAAAAGAAACACAAAAAACAAAAGCGUCAUGAAGACGAGAAAGAGCGAAAAAAGCGUAAAAAGGAAAAGAAACGCAAAAAGAAAUCUCACAGUCCAGAGCCUCCCUCAUCGGGUGGUGUCUCACCCAUGUUGGGUCCCUCGGGGCCCAGCAGUAUGUUGGGGCCCGGCGGCAUGCCGGUGCAACAGGGUAUGGGUGGUGUAACGACAGGCGGCGGCAUGUUGGGUGGUAAUGUGGGCAGUAUGCAGGGACUGUCUGUGGGGGGUGCCAAUAAUCCACUGGGGUCUGGACCGGGGGUAACAACGAUGUCAGGCCCUGGUGGCAUGAUGAUGCCACAACAAGCUUCUUUAUUUUAGUUAAAAUUUAACACAUACAAACACAUUUACUGAAAAGUUAAGUCAUGUUUUUUUAUUAGUUUUUUUUUUCUACAAAAAAAAAAUCUACUUUUAGUUUGAAAUUGUGUUUCUCAUGCCCCAUGUUUUCCUAAAUAACUCUAUUAUAACAUUAAUUUCUUAGUCCUUGAGAGACCACAAACAAUAUAAUUAGUUAUUAAUUCAAAAUAGAAAAAAAAAAACUAAAGUUUUCUUUAAAGAAAAAACAGAAGUGAUUUUAGUUACAAACCUAGAUUCAAUUUCAAUAAAUUUUUUUAUUUUAAAGAAAAUUUUAGCUUUUUUUUAAUGUAAAAAAUAAGGGAUAUUUUUGUUCCAUGCCUUUUUUUACUGUAAGUUUUCAUUUUAUUAUUAUUUUUUUAUACUAAGCUUUUUAAACUAAAACGAGCUUCCAAUUUAGGUUUUUUUAUUUUUCCUUUUCAUUUAAUUUUCGUGUAUUUUUUUCCUUUUUUUCAUAAAAACUACCUCUAUUUUUAAUAUUCCCCCCAUUAUUUAACUUUCUUUCUUGCUUUAUUUUAAAUUAAUGAACCUUUUUUAAUAUAUAAUUUCAAAAAUUUAGUAAUUUAAACAACACACACACUUUUUUAUGAAAAAAAUUUAAUAUAAUGAAAGAAAAAAUAUAUUAUUUAGUUAUUUAAGAGUUGUAUGCAAAACAAACCAACAAAAAAAAAACAGAAAAAUAUUAUAAUAGAAAGAAACGUAAUAUAAGAAAUUUAACAAAAGUAUAAAAAACUAAGUAAAAUAAAAAUAAAUUUAUAAAAACAAA